CGUACAUAAUGAUAUAAUAGGCCUUUGUUUCCGUUUUCCAGAGUCUAGGUAUACUAUAUAUCUAGGUUUGUGAUAGAACCACCUACUUUUUUUUUGUAUUUUAAACACUAAAAGGAAAAUUCCGUUCUGUGCCGUAAAACACUAUAGAUCUUCUCCAUUGUUGAUGUAGAUCUAGAACUUAGAUCUUCUCCAUUGUCUAUGUAGAUCUAGAUCAAGCUAGAAUAAUAUACAUUAAUUGACUUUAGUGUUAGAUCUUUACAUAGUGUAGCGUACAUUAAGGUUAUCCUUGACCUGUGAAUUUAAACAUUGAACGUGAACGAGAAUUACUUUGGUAAAAGUCAUUAUUGAUCUAUAUUGAAGCAGCUCUGUAUGUGGUGUGCGCAAGGUCUCCUUGUUGAGCAAUGUAGCAGUAAGACUACAGUGGUAGGCUAUGCUCUCCUCAUCUAGGUCUCCUGCCAUCGGCAUCGACUUAGGGACUACCUGCUCCAGCGUCGCUGUCUUCUUGAAUGACAAGGUGCAGAUAAUCGCAAACGAACAGGGAUGUCGAAGCACACCCAGUUCUGUGGCCUUCACAGACACAGAGGUGCUCGUGGGCGAGGCCGCCAAAUCUCAGGAGUCGAGAAAUCCCGCCAAUACUAUCUCAGACUCCAAACGUAUCAUCGGCCGGAAUUUUGAUAACCGCCUGCUGCAGAAUGACUUGAAAACUUGGCCGUUUUCUGUGCUGGAGAAGAAAGGGAAGCCAAUGAUACUUGUGAAUUAUCUGAACCAAAGCAAGUUAUUCGCCCCUGAGGAGAUUAGUUCUAUGAUUCUGGGCAAGAUGAAACAAGUGGCAGAGGCCUACCUCGGAAUGCCUGUCAACGACGCAGUGGUUACCGUCCCUGCCUACUUCAAUGACUCCCAAAGGCAGGCCACGAUAGAUGCUGGCUCCAUUGCUGGUUUGAACAUUCUGAGGAUCAUCAACGAGCCCACAGCUGCAGCCCUCGCUUACGGCUUGGACAAGGCGCCUGAAGGAGAGAAAAACAUUCUCAUCUUCGACUUGGGCGGUGGCACGUUCGAUGUCAGCAUACUGACCAUCAACAAAGGUUCCUCUUUCGAGGUCAAGGCCUCCGCUGGAGACACCCAUCUCGGCGGGGAAGAUUUCAACCUUUGUCUUCUGAGUCACUUCGUGAAAGAGUUCCAUCGCAAGUCUGGAGUGGACAUUGGCCGAAAUCAGAGGGCGCUGCAACGUCUGAAGGCGGAGUGUGAACGCGUUAAGAAAUGUCUGUCUGUGAGUGCAGAAGCGAGGCUAGAGGUGGACUCCCUCUUCCAAGGAAUAGACUUCACCAGCAGAAUUACAAGGUCAAGGUUCGAAGAGAUCUGUAAAGAACAGUUCAAGGCCAUCAUGGACCCAGUCAAGGUCGUUCUUCAAGACGCUUUCCUGACCAAAGAAGAAAUUCACGAGAUCCUUCUCGUGGGAGGCUCCACGAGGAUUCCCAAAGUGCAAGCGAUGCUCACGCAAUUUUUCGACGGGAAGGAGCUGAAUAAGUCCAUCAACCCAGACGAGGCUGUGGCUGUUGGUGCUGCUGUGCAGGCCGCUGUCAUCUCAGGAGUUACCAGCAAGUGUAUUAAGGACAUUCAUCUCGUUGACUUGUCUCCAUUGUCUCUUGGGAUCGAAACAGCGGAUGGCGCUAUGACAGUGCUUGUCAAACGUGGGACACCCCUGCCCUAUACUACAUCAAGCGUGUUUACAACCCACUAUGACUACCAGACAGCAGUGACCGUACAGAUCUUUGAAGGUGAGAGGUCCAUGGCCACAGACAACGAACUUCUUGGAGUGUUUGAGCUUCGAGACAUCCCUCCUGCGCCACGCGGGGUGCCAAAAAUAACAGUCACAUUAGAGCUGGACGACAACGGCAUCCUGAAAGUGGGCGCUGAAGACAAAGUUUCAGGGAAAUCCAGCAACAUAUCCAUCACAGCAAAUAAAAAUCGCUUGUGUAGAUCUGCUGUCAAAAAGUUGAUCGCUGAGUCCAAACGACACAGGUUGGACGAUGAAACGAUGAGGGCGCUGGCGUCGUCACGAAACGAAUUAGAAUCAUUGGUCUACAAAACUCAGCGCGCAAUGCAGUCGGCGGGGAUCCUGCUAAGCCUAGAGAACAGAUUGCUCGUCGAUAAAGUCUGCAAUGAGACUGUCCUAUGGCUGGAAGCCAACAGAGAUGCUGUUAUGGAGGAGUUGGAAGCUCAGCGAGACAGGCUGCAGUCAGUCGGCGAGGAACUGAUGAGACUUCACGAGGAAGAGUGCGGCGAUCCAGCAUGCAGGCCGUGGCUGUCAACCAGUGAGGAGGAGGAGGAAUCAGUGUCUCAUGCUUCCAGAGGUCAAAUGUAAUGCAAAACGAAAAAAAAAGCUUUAAUUAAAUCAUGAUUCGAACAAAUAAAAUAAAAUAAAAGACUUCUGUUACAGCUGA